AUGGCAGAAGUUCUUGGGAACUUAAUCAAAGAAAAACAAGCAGCCAGGCAAUGGAGUGGCAUUCAACUCCAUAGAAUGUUAGAGCCCAUUACCCACUCACAGUUCGCAGAUGACACGAUCCUGGUCAGAGAAGCUACAGUGAGGGAAGCCAGAGGAGUGUUGGAAGUAAUAGAGGAAUAUUCUCAGCUGUCGGGGCAGGAAAUGAACAAGGCAGUUCCAAUUUAUAGCAUGCAAUGCUUUCAUAUGUCAAAUGUGGUUGGUGUGAAAUUAGAUGGUCUUUUAAAGAAAUUCGUUUGGGAAGGGGCUAAGGACCAAAGAAGGAUACCAUUGAUAAACUGGGAUACAUUGUGCAUGUUGAAAGAGGAUGGGGGUGUAGGGUUGAGAAAAAUGAAUAUCCAAAACAUGGCCCUUGGUGCGAAAUUGAGUAGGGCUCUCCCACUUGGAACUUUCUUUGGAAAAUCUGGGGCAUUAUUACGAACUAGAUCUCCUGGAAAGUUGGUAAUGGGUGCAGGGCUAAAUUUUGGCGGGACUCUUGGGAUGAUAACAAUAGGUAACUUGGAAUUGUGUAACAGGCUGGAAGGUAUUAUGAGAAAUAGAGUGAUUUUAGCUUUAGAAGACGAGGAUUGUAUUUUCUGGCGUGUUGCUAAGUCAGGGGAAUACAAUGUUAAGUUGGGAUAUGAAGUGCAGAGACAUAGAGUUAUCAAUCCGAAUUGGCCCAGCAAGCUUUGUUGGAAUAACUGGAUAUUGCCUAAAGCAAGGGCAUUCUUAUGGAUAGCCCUGCAUGGGCGUAUUCUCACUGGCGACAGACUCAAGACAAUUGGUAUCCAUGGACCAAGCUGGUGUGUGUUAUGCAAUGCUGAGGAAGAAUCGGUGGACCAUCUACUUUUCAACUACAUGUUUGCUCAAAAGUGCUGGGAAUGGUUUCUAAGGAUGGCGAACUUGUGCACAGUCAGGAAUGGGUCCCUAAAGGAAUUCCUUGUCUCAUGGCCAAUGUUCAACCAGACUAAGUGGGGAGCACUGUGGUUGGUGGGGCCUGUAAUGAUUGUCUGGCUGAUUUGGAAAGAAAGAAACAAAUGA